UUCCUGUCAGUGCUUCCUGUUCGUUUGCCUCGGACUCAUGCCUUGUCCACCCCAUUGUUUUGAUUAUGUUUUUGAAUGACUUGCAUGCGAAGUCCUCGUGCCUGCAUCGGUCUCCGAAUAGUACCUCAGAAGCUUGUCUACCUGGAACUGUUUUCAAGUAUGGGUUCCAAAUCAUUUGAAAAUGAAACCCCAGAAAGUAUGCGUCUUUUGUUCAGAGAAAAUAAACUUGGAAAAUGCCCAACCUCUGGAAUAUGUGGAGAAUAUUUGCAAGCAAAUGUUGCAGUUGUUUCUAGGGAAUAUGCUGCAGAUUUCCGAAAAUUUGUAGAUUUAAACAGUGGUCCAUGCCCCUUAUUGUAUCAGAGCAAAGUUGGAGAAGCUGAAGCACCUUUGUUAGCAAAAGGCUCAGAUAUAAGAACUGAUUUAUCUGCUUACAAAGUGUAUGUAAAUGGAACAACUCAAUUAGAUGUGGAAGGUCUAGCCAAUUACAACUGGGAUGAUAUGGUCGCAUUUUAUCUUGGAUGCAGCUUCUCUUUUGAGAAAAGGCUACUUUCUGCUGGUAUCCCUAUUCGGAAUAUCGAAGAAGGAAAAAAUGUUUCAAUGUACACAACAAAUAUACAAUGUUUUGAGGCUGGGCCAUUCAGUUGCAACAUGGUGGUUUCAAUGAGACCUUUGCCAGAAACCUUGAUUGAUAAAGCUGUAAAUGAGACAUUGCAAAUGGACUUUGCACAUGGUGCUCCAAUUCACAUAGGUAAUCCUGCAGAAAUUGGCAUUGAAGAUCUUCAUAGUGCUGAGACAAUUGGUGACACUGUGACAUUAAGAGAAGAUGAUAUUCCAGUGUUCUGGGCAUGUGGUGUUACAUCAGGCCAUGCAGUUGGCUCUGCUAGAAUCCCGAUUGCAUUUUGUCACUCCCCAGGAUGUAUGUUUAUUACUGAUCGAACCAAUGAAGACGCACGAGCUCUGCUCAAUACAAAAACAUACCCUGAAGCUAGAACCGUGUGCUUGGACAAAACUAGAAAGAUCUUUUCUCUUGUUUCUUGCCAGACAUGGGACAAAAUUACAAAGCUGGAGAGUCUCAUAAUCGAUGACCCUGGCAAUCGUGGUGUGCAGUUUUUGCAAGAAAAGACUGAUUUGCAUUCUGCUGCUUUGAGCAUUUCUCAAAGUGCCAAGUCUGUAGCUAUAUUGACAGGAUUUUCUUGCUUACCUGAGCUAACUCCAUCCAUUGAAAAUGAUGGUAUUUCUGGUGCAGUAUCUAUUGCGAAAGCUGUCCAAGCUUUGGGAAAACCAGUAACUCUAAUUGUUGGCAAAACCGAAAAGCAAAUUUUCAAGGAUAUCCUGAUGUGGUGUCAUGCUAAUGGUAUUCUUAAGCAUGAGGUGUCUGUGGUUACUGUUGAAAAUGCUGCCGAAAUGUUGUACGAUGAGUUAAUGGACCAAAAGCGUUUCUCUCAUCUUAUCAGUAUUGAGCGUCCUGGCAGAAACUCAAAUGGGCAGUAUUGCACAAUGAAUAAGAAGGAUAUUUCUGGAAGCGUUGAUGCUGUUGAUGAGCUCUUCCUUGAAGCAAAGAAACAUCCAGAAAUUGUAACCAUUGGCAUUGGAGAUGGUGGCAAUGAAAUCGGCAUGGGUAAAGUACUAGAGAGAGUUGCUGCCAACGUCAAGCAUGGCAGUGAGAUUGGCUGUACAGUUUCGUGUGACUACUUAAUCACUGCUGGUGUGAGCAACUGGGGUGGUUAUGCUCUUGCCAAAGCUAUCUACCUGUGUGCUUCAUGCCCGGUUCAUGAUAGAUAUCGGAGAAAGGCUAUUGGUCAACAUAGUAACCCCAUAUUGGAUGACUUUGUGACAACUGUAGAUCAGGAAAAAAGACUUCUUGAACACCAGGUGUCUCUUAGCAUAAGAGAUGGAGUUACAAGAGAAGUAAGAAUGUCAGUGGAUGGUAUCGAGUUUGUCCCAUAUCAUGCCAACAAAAUUGCAGAUAUUGCAACGGUAUAGACUUGCAGGCACAAUGUCGACUUUCAGAUUAUUUGCAAUAUCUUCUUUCGUGUUCAUAGCUGGUGCAUUCUUUCCCUCGUGCAGUUUGAAAGGAAGACAAUAAUAAUAAGGUUUUUCAAUUACCACUCUCAUUCACACUUCUCUAAUGCAAGGGUUUUAUUUUAAUCGUCCAGGUGGGGUGAUUUUGUCACUGUUUUCCAUGCUGUAGUAUUUAGUGCCUAUCUUUCCUUACUUUUAGAAAGAUAUCAAGACUAAAAUAAAUUAUUUAUUCUUCGACACCCUUGUCCUAAUCUGCUCUAAAAAAGCAUUUUCGUACUGAGCCAUUUUUAUCAUCUUUCAACUUAUCAAAUCGCAGUUAAAGGAAGCAUCUUCAAAAUUCGUCAAGUGCAUUGUGGUGUGACCACGCACAGUAACAUACAAUUUGCUGUUCGUUGUUUUUACCAAGAGAUCUUUUGUUAAUUGGGAAAUAAUCACCAGUGCAUCACAUUGACUAUUUUGAAAAUCAGUAAGUCUGUAGCUGUAAUUUACUUGCCUUCUAAAAUUAUUUACUCAAUUCCUCCAGGCGAAAUCGCCAGUUGUAGAUAAUUGUACUAAUAUUAUAUAGUUAUGUAAGCUGUCAUCCAAGAAAUACCACCACUUGAUUUCCAUUCACAACGGGAUGGCAAAACAGCAUUGACUGCUGGAAAUAAGAUUUUGUGUAUUUACCUAGUGCCUUUAUUUACACCCUUAUAAUGCACAACAUCACUGUACAACCAGUUCAGCCUGAUUUGGUGUUUUUAUACCCUUAGAUGUAAACCAAAUGUAAUGUAUAAUAAACCCGCAAUUGACUUCUUCUUUCGAAUAUCACCUUGAAAAACCCUUAUACAACUUCUAGUUGGUCCAGCUCGUCUGCCGUUUUGUGAGAAACUGAAAUUGAACUGUUUUUGUGAUAACAGAAGCUAAAACUUUUAAUACAAUUAAAAAUUAAAUAAAAGACACGCAAUUAACGUCCUAAUCGUUUUAUUCUAAUUUUUGCUACCAAAGUCUUGAAGAAGUAACCAGAAGACAACUCCCUUCAACAAACGUAACUCUGUCCUGUAUGUGUCCUUUAUAUAAAGGUUUCACUGCAAUUAUAAUCCAUGCCAGACAUUUUGGCCAGUUGUUGUUGGAAAUAUUAUUAUGUAUAAUCAAUGAAGGUCAAAAUUUUAAUAUAUCAUGAAACAGUGACCGCAAAAGCUGCUAUUGUAAAUAUCGCUUGAUUUCCUUCGUCAUACUAUAACACCGUAGUUAAAUAUCGAUUCUUCAUUAGCUUUCAAUCUCCGUUCGAUUGUUGAUCAUAUUUUUGUGGCUGUAAAACGGGUAACAAGUGCUUUAAUCUAGAAUAAUUUAGCCAUUUUUUCUUAAUGAAUUUAAUGAUAUUUGUUAUUAUGCUUCUGUUGUCUUUCA